CAUGGAAACGGAAAACCGACCCAAAAAGAGAGUGUACUCAGAGAAGUCUGCUUCUGAGGGUUCAGAGGACGAUGACUAUGUGCCGUAUGUUCCUGUAAAAAUCAGAAAGCAGCAGAUGCUCCAGAAGGUGAUGCGUCUGCGGGGUAAAGGCCUGACGGAGGAGGAACAGAAGGACAGUGGUGGAGAACAGAAGGAUGAGGAUGAAGGUCUGGGUCCUCGGUCUAAUGUCAGCCUGCUGGACCAACAUCAGCACCCUCAAGGAGAAAGCAGAAGGUCUUCACACACUCGCCUGUGCUCAAGUGUCAGAAACUAA